GCUUGAACCAUUGGCUUUUACUCCCUCUGAAUAGAGCAAAUGCAAAUGCUAUUCAAAGAACCUAUUCAUCACUGAUAAAAGCCUUACAGUGGUUUUUAUAGGUGUACACGUGUCUUUUUCAAGUAUACAUGAAAGUGAAAGUACGUUCCCAAAGCUCCUCUGAGAAGAAAGGAAGGGACAUUCCCUGAAAACAUUUCAGAGUCGUUUAAUAGCCGCUUGGAUUAACAAUGGCAAAAUCUCCCACUUCUGUGAAAGACAUCUUUCGCAGGUUAUCCUCGAUCAGAAAAAGCAAAAAGAAGACAUUUGAAAUCAACGGCACAAAGAUCCCUCUAAAGCCAUGCACAGUAUUGCAGAUCACAGAUUAUAUAGAAAAAGAUAUGCUGAAGGAGGCCUAUCUGAACCUGCUCUCCAUGCGCCAGAAUGAAAAAUUAAAAGUUGAGGGAGAAGGAGUUUCUCCCACAAAUCAAGUAGCUAAAGAGACAGAUGUCAAUGAUCUAUUUGAGACUCUAAGAAACAAAAUGUCUGUCAUUGUACGCAACUCCAGUGCUCUGCCCUUGCCCAAUAAAGAGUUGCUGGUGCAUGUUGCACAAAUUAUCUUGGAGGAAGAGAAGAGACAGGGAGAACCAGGAGCGAUGCCGGGAUGGAGGGAAGCAUGGAGGGAUGCGGUACUAGACGGGGUUCGAGAUGCUCUGAGGAAAGUUCAGCUGGACAGCCGCGAGCAGAACGAUUCCUGGUUGGCAGUGCAUCUGGGGCUUCUGGGUAAAGCUGUGGUGGAGGAUUUGGAGAGAGUGAAGACUGAACUUCUGAGCUCAUAUCCAGCUGACUUUAAAGUGUUUGAAACCUAUGUGUCCUGCCAUCAUGAGGCUGUAGGAGAGCAUUUAAAGAGACUUCUGGAAAAGGUGACGGAGCUUAAAGAUUACCAAGCUCUUCUAGAUUUCAUUAUUCAUCGCUACCCAAGUGAUCUGAGAGACGAGCAGGGAAUUCUUAUAGUGGAAGAAGAAUUGCUGAAUGAUAUAAAGACCUCUUACUGUCAUUGCCAAAUGGAGGACUUUAAAUCUGCACUGGAUAAUAUUAUCAUAUCUGAAAAAAAAGUGUGGACAAUGAAGAAUUCUCCUGAUAGAGCAGAUGAUGGAUUCCUCACUUCAAAAAACUACAUGGCCAUCUUCCAGCUGAUAGCGAGUUAUGCUGAGAAUCUUGAGAAAAUCGAUGAGAAUCUGGGGAAGUCAGUGAUACGCUUUUGCUUAGAGGAGCUAAAUCCAUUUCAUACAAGAUUCGAGGAGGAGUUUUUGCAACACACCCGCUCUCUGUUGACCUCUGACCUGCUGGACUGCUGUCUAUGGGUAAAAUAUCACAUCAGCUACAUCAACUGUUUUAAUUCACUCAAAGAGAAAAUGCAGUUUUAUAGGGAGAACUUCUCAGCUCAGGUGGAGCAGCUGGAGAAAGAUGUGGAUGGACUGAUUCAAAGACUUACCCAGACCCUGAUAAAACAUUUCAAAACUGAUAUCAAGCCUUACAUAGAUGGUAUGAUGACAAAAAAAUGGCUGAAAACAAAUGAAGAUUUUAAAGAAGUUACUUGCAGAAUAGAGAAUUAUCGUGGGCUCUGUAAAUCUAUGAGAGCUCCAUCAGCUCAAGUUUUCGUGAAUGAAGUGCACUAUUAUGUAGCCAGAGAAUAUGUAUCCCAGCUGAUGAAGAAAAAAUACUCAUGCAAAAAAACCAAGAGCGAAGAUGCUGCUGUAAAACUGAGAGAACAAUGGAAAGAACUCAGGAAACUAUUUGAGGACAUGGGAUCAUCCUUAAACUGGCUUUAUCCGUUGGGAGAUUACCUUAGUGACAUUAUUGGAAUGGAAAAUGAGAGAAAGAUAAAAGAUCUGUUAAUUCCAUUAGUUAGUAAUUACCCAGACAUCAGCAAGAAGCAGUUGUCAGCAGUUCUGUACUUCCGAGACAGCAGUUUUAGCUUGGAGAAGCACAAUGUUAUUAAUCAGUUUACUCUGCUUAAACGGGAUGCUGGGAACACAAAUCAUCGCUCCUUCUUCACGGACACUGAAGUACUUUCCUGAACUACAAUAUUUGUUGAUGUGCAGUACAUUAUUUGAUGCACUAAAUCAGAUAACAGAAAAUAACUAAAUAUUCUGUGUUUAAUUUGAAUUAAUAAUAAAGCAAUAAAUAAAAUUGAUAAAGAAAUGUGUAUUUUCACGAAGUAGCACACUUUUAACUUACAGUGAGAUUACUUUUUGCCAUUCUGGACCUUCAAUUGCAUUACUUUUGAUAAUUUUGUUCAAAACCUGUAAGCUACAGUGCAUUUUAUUGUUAGAAUAGGUAUUAGUUUAUCUGGGCUGCACGAUUAAUCACAUGCUCUCUCUCUGAACUGCUAAAGAAACACUCAUGAUCUGAAAACACAGACAAACCAAUAUGUUAGAGUGCAUUAAUCUCUAUUACCAUAAUCUGCUGAAAUGAAAUAAUACGUGUUCCUUCACAAGGCUGCAUGCUGUUUGCUGCAAUGCUAAAUCUUAAUGCUAACAAUUAAUCCGGAAUUAAUUAAUAAAUCCAACAUGAAUCACAACUAUGUAGUUUUUGGAUGUUGAAUAUGUACAACAUCUGUGCUUUUUUGUUCAAUGUUUAAAAACAUCAACAUAAUCUGGAAUUACAGAAUCAGGAAACAAUGAGGUAAAAUGAGAUGCCGCCUAUGAGUUGUAGCCUACUUGAUUUGUAGGAAAGUGCAAUAAUUCUGCCGAAAUGUAAAAAAAGAAAUGUCUCAAAUUGGACACUACACUAAUUUUUAGACAUUACACUAUUUUUUUAAUGGAUUUGAGCAAAAUUAUUGUUUUUUCUCCAGUGCGAUUUGGUGUACAGUAUGUUUUUGGUUGUUUGUCCUUAUACUUGCCAAUAGAGGGAGACACACUAUAACGAUUAGCAUUUUCUCCAUAUUGUGUAAUCAUUCAACAAGAGACUUGAUGGACUCUUGUCUGUUUAUACGUGAUAUCAAUCGUGAAAAUGUGAUGUAUAAAACCUACUUUCGGACAAAACCAAUUGUGUGGUUUUGGACCCAGCUCUUGAGGUAAAAGUGCUAUUGGUUGGUCAGUUAGGCCUAAUGCUAAUUUUAAACCUAUUUAUAGCCUAAGCCUUAUAUUUUCUGUUCUGUGAAUAAAACAUGAAGAUAAAAAUGAUUUCCUCCUGUAA